GUAAGAGAUUAACGUACUAGUUUCAGUCGACAAAGCAAUAUGGGUAAACUUUUCGUACUAAACAUUUUCUGCGUGUUAUUUUUCAAUGUAACUUCGAAGCAAAUCCCGUCUUAUGUCUCUUUGUGUAAAAUAAACGAUCCGAACCUUUCAAUGUGUUUAAAGGACUCGAUUAACGCACUUCGUCCAUAUUUGGUGAAAGGGAUACCGGAAAUGGAUUUACCACCUGGCGAACCACUACAAUUUCCCUCGGUGUCGGCUGACACCGGCGCAAACAGCGCCGUUUCUGUGAAGGCAAAAUCGUGGAACCAUACAGUAUCUGGGAUUAUGGAUUUUAUCUUAAACGACAUUUCGCUGGAUUUGAAACACUCUUCUUUUUCAAUUGCGGUAUUAUUUCCUAGCUUGAGAUUAAAAGGACAGUACACAUUUAAAGGGAAGGUUCUUCUUUUUGAAAUUGAUACCGAGGGAACGUAUGCGCUGGAGGCUACAAAUGUUACCGCAAGCGGAUACAGCCAUCUGAGAUCUUACAUGAAGGAAUCCAAAGAGCACGUAGAAUUCGAAAAUGUCCAAUUUAACGUAGACGUAAAGACUGCUAAAAUAAAUUUUACAAAUCUAAUAAAGGGCAAUGAUGAAAUGACGGAGGCCGCAAACACUGCCAUAAACCAAAACAUCAACAUUGUGAUUGAUGAACUUCGGGGUAUUAUUGGUCAGGUUUUUGGCGAAUUGCUUUUUAUGUAUUUCAACUCUGUUUUCCGACUUUUCCCAGUCGACGAAUUGUUGCCGGAGAACUAGAAUCAUCUAAUACCUUUGUGGGAGGAAGAAGAUUGAACCAUGGUGGAGCCGGUUACAGUUUUAAUUGUUAUAUAGAGAUUGUAAU